AUGUCUUAUCAACUGUCACCUGUUUAUGGGCAGACCAUUACCUCCGUCGACCAGGAAACCCAGAAGACGUUGGAUGGAACUCUCGAUCGAUCAAUACUGGUGCCAAUGAAACUGGAUGCCUUCUUGAACUACGAUCAGCGACAGACAGUUGCCCAAGACCCACGUCUACGUGCCUAUCUCGCUCCUAUCACCACUCCCAACUAUGAUGCCCUCAAGAUGGAUGCCGAUCUCGUGCAGCAUGAUAUCUUCGAUCAGCUUCGAGAUACUCCUUUCAUGGCUCGAGCUGAUCGUUACCGGACACAACCAUCAAACCAAGGCAUUUAUCUGCAUUGGAGCAUCCCGAAGCUCUACAGGAGCGGCCUUGUCGCGUCCAGUAGUGCGCACGACGCGCUACAAGAUCAGCUUAAGAGAGCGGGCUAUCCCUCCGGCGACACGCAAGCAAAACACGUGGAAGCCGGCACAGCCAUCUUUCGCCCCAUACCUUCGCGGUGGCUCAUCUUACGGACGAUAGGACCUGGCAAGUCCAAAAUGGAUCCAGUUGAUAGUGCUGCCGCCCAAUUAGCCGAAGAUGAAUUGAGACUCAAUAUACUCAAGUCCCAAGGUAAAGAGUCUUCAACUCAGUAUACACAAUUGCAAGCCUUAAGGGAUGGUCCACAUACGACUGAUUUCAACAAUGCAAAGCGAGCAUGCGUAGUCGCCAUCGUGAAGCCAGAUGGAUCAGCUGCCGCUCUCGGCGCAAAUCUGACGGAAGUCUGGGAUCUUUUCGUCGUCGAAAGUGAUCGCAUCCGAAACAUCAAAGACGUCCCUUCCAGCGAAGACACGAAUGUGACCAGUUCACCUUUCAUAGACAUCAAUACACCCGUGAACCAGCAGGGACAAGUCUUCCUUGGCCAGACCUCCAGCUGGAACACGUGGAAGCAAACGACUGCUGCCACAACUCCUCCGACCGUCACCGUUUCGCGGGCAGCGAACCCCUUCUUUGCCGACUAUCAACCUCAAAACGCAUCCGUGUUCUCGUUCUUCGAUGAUCUGACCGUGACAGUCAGUGGCCAAGUAUGCAAGUUUGCUGAGGCAAGGGUCGACUACGAUGUCGUGGGCUUUCAUCAGGAUGUGGCAUCAGAUCCUUUACAUUUAGACGCAACAUUAUCGCCUCCACAGGCUCCAAGUGAUCGGUUGAAUGCAUGCACCUUGGGGAUGAGCAACAUAGCGUUGACUGGUGAUGAUACGACUUGGCUAGAUGCAAAGCUCAACACGAACACGCAACAGAAUAUGCGAGCUUUGUCAUUUGGCACAUUCUUUUCAAUACAAUGGAACCAGUAUGCUACAGACAGACCAAUGCCGGCCGGCACCAACUAUCCGGGAGACUUGAUUCAGAAGUCCUUCGCGACCUCACAUCCGGUAGCGGUCGGGACCAAUCCUAUAGAUGCCCUCUUUGGCUGGCUUCGUUCUACCAGAUCGACCGAUGCAUUUGCAAAUGACGAUAUACGCAAGAACUUGAACAAGAUCCAAACCUUAGUGCUGGACAUGAAUGAUGAUAUCGACUCCCAGCUUCAAGCUGACGAUCUGCUGGCGACCAACAAUUUUAUUCCCAGCGAUCAAGGCAUAAUGUGGCAUUUUGAAGAAUCCGAUACCAACACGGAUAAUGAAAAGCAGAAGCUCCCAACGACAGACCAGGUUGCGGCUCUGAGGGAACUCAACGCGAUGCAAGUAAACCUAAAUGCAAUGAUUCGCGAUCAAGCACGCAUGAAACAAGAGCUUUUCUUCCUGUGGUGGACCUACAUGUGUGUGAGGGAGAAGAAUGACAGCAGCCUUCCCUCAGGAGAUGACAUUCGGGGUAGAGUUAUGGCGCUAUAUCACCGAAUCCAAAGCAAUGGUGAUGGCUCACCCGGCAGUGACAUGGCUUACUACAUUGACAGGAUUGGCUGGGCGAAAGACGGCAUGACAGGCAACGCAUCGGUCAAGGCAGGGAUUGAGCCGAGAUUUUACAGACAAAGAGAUCCCACUGUACUGGUAGCAGGUCUGUCCAACAGAUGGCCCAAGAUUGCAUUAGACGAUACGACGGCCGUGCGACUGGACUCUCAGAAUAAGGUGGUUGGAACAAUUACGAACUCAAAUGUCGCUCUCGCUGAUCUCCCCGUCAACCUGAGCAAGACAUUCUCCCAACACCUGCCCCCCUCGCUGGUCGACCCUGUUCUGAAUCUGAUGAAAGCGGCCAACAAUGACCGUUCUGAAUUUCGAGGGGGGACUACUCCCGUAACGUCCCCUUAUCUUGAUACAGACGACCGUUGGACCGGCGACAACGGCUGGUUUCCCCUUUUCAUCGAAUGGGAGGCCGAGUACUACCAUAUUCCCUUCAGCAAAUGGACCUUCGCACCGCAGGGCCCGCAAGCGCGAUAUGGAUAUCUCCUCAAUGACGAAGACAUAGCUACGACAAGCGUACAGAGUGACUAUCGGGUACUGCAUGGACGAAUUCCAGUAUUGCCGCAAGCUAGCUAUGCCCUAGAAGCGAGUCUCAAGCAAGUAUUUGCGAAGCUCAGGCCAGAUCAACAGUCUUUGACUGCAACAGAACAAGCCGCACUGCUCAAGAGUGCUCGUGCUUUGGACUUUGUGAGUGCGCCAAUGGAGGGAUUGACUGACCAAUUGAUCACAAGAAAGCAGGGGAUACAUGUCACGCCACUGGUCUUUGAUGAAAAUGGGAAUCCCACAGUCACGCCGGAAGCUCGAGCCAUCGGUGCCGAGAUCGGCCUAGAUGACUAUCAAUUCGCAUGGAUGAAGGACGUGAUGAAGACGACACCGUUUGCAAACCUCGUCGGUAUUCCAGCAGACCACACGACGUACAAUCCAUUCAAGCCCGCCACGCAUGGCCAGUUUCGCUUCACGAAAUUCAACAUUGUCGACAAAUUCGGGCAAGUCGUUCGUGGCGUGGGUUCAUAUAUCGAUUCAGCAGCCAGCAUCCAUCCCAUCCCUGCUCCCCUCCUCCCCUGUCUUGGAGACUCGUACACCGUCCAAGCGAACGCUGAUGGCUCACCGAAGAUUGUGUUGCCCCGAAUCAAUUCGACAGACGGCCUGUGCCCUUUCGUUCAACUACCUCCAAGCAUCAAUCAGGAGGCGCGUGUUAACUUCGACUUUGUCACCCUAGACACACUGGACGAUGGUAAUCAAGCUUGGCGCCCGGUCUCGGAAUGGGAAAACCCAGUUCGAGGGUGGCUGAUCAUAAACUAUGCCAACGAGAGCUUCCAGAUCUUCACGCCGGACGGACGUUUCGUGAAAGAAUACAGUGUAAUCACAGGCACCGUAUCAGUGCGACCCUUCAGCGGCACCGUAACAGGUAUUGACCCGAUCCUCUCCGGCCUCCUGGACGCUUUCAGCGACGGCAAAUACAUAUCCGGGCUAUUCCGCACGAUCUCUCAAACCGUAUCAACAAUCCAAGCAACGCCAUCAUCCUACUCGCAAUCCAUGCUCAGCAUCAUCGGCCGCCCCCUCGCCCUAACAACCUUCGGCCUCUCUCUCGAGCUCGCAGAUCCACCCCUUACAAACUGUGCAACCGGCAUAACCGCCCCGUCCGACGACAUCAUGAGCUACGCCUUCCCCUUCAAGCUCGGGGACACGGACAACAUAUUCGACGGCCUAUACGGCUUCUUCGGCGCUUACGGCACCUCCGUUGACUACAGUUCCUUCUACACCUAUCUCCCCCCAACCACCUCCACCCCCAAUACCUCCGACCCCUCAAAACCGAUCCCAUCAACACUAGCCCUCCGGCCCUUUUACGCCUCCCCCUAUGACGGCCCAUCGAGCGUGCAACGCAUCCGCAACGCGAACCUGCAAGUCUACCCCGCGAUAAUCGACCCCUUCACAGCCGUGCACGCCUACACGGCCCUCCUGCCCAUAGCGCAACUGCGCCUGCCGACGUGGGUGCUCGACAGCCAACUCAACAGCAUCUCGUCAUUCUUCAAGAUCGGGCCCCUAUUGCUGCGGGAAGACGUCCCCCCCUUCUCUCCCACCGACGAAAUCACCGCCGACUACAACCUCAACGACCCUGCCACGGCGCAGAAAUCCACAGGCAUACUCGAAAUCCCGAAUGUAGCGCUCGCGGACUGGAAUUGGUUGCAGCCGUAUUGGACGGCGAGAGAUAGUAAAGGGGUAGUGACGGAAGCUGCAGGUGCGACAGCGAAUGGUGCGUUGGAGGGGCAGACGAGGUAUAAUGUUUUGGGGGUGGAGAAUCCGCCGGCGGGGCCGAUGUGGGAUGCUGCGCCUGCUACGGUUGUGGAGGGGUUUUUGCAGAUGAGGACGGGGUUUGGGAAGCCGGAUGUUGAUGCUGCGGGGAAGUAG